AUGAAGCUUUUGCAGGGUCACCACCACCGUGCGCAGUGCUGCCUCGCAGCACUGGCUACCCCGUCAAAGCUUUGCCGCAACACAUGCGCCAGCGAAGCUUCACUGCAGCACAGCGCAACGGCGACGGUGGAUGUUGUGACGCAAUACAACAGCGAAGGAUGUUGCGACGCAGCACGCGAUGGCGACGACUCUUGCAGCAGUGGCGACACUGAUGCAUGCGGUGGUCGGAUGGCCCGUUCGUCCCACUCCUCUCCAUCACCCAGCGUGCCCCACGCCACACCCCCACACUAUCCGGCCGCACCUCCACGUCCGGCCGACGAGCCGCCUCCCCACCUUCCGCCGACGAGCCGCUCCCCACCUCCCGUCGACGAGCUGCCCCCACCUCCCGCCGACGUGCCGCCCUCCACCUCCAGCCGACGCGCCGCCCCCGACCUCCAGCCGACGCGCGGCACCCUCCACCUUCCGGUGACGAGCCGCUCUCCGACCUCCCACCGAAGCGCCGCCGCCUUGAUCCGCCCGGCGCAUGCGUCCCUCCUCUCUGCCACCUCUCCUGCAUCGACGCUGCCCGGCGUCUCACCCCGGGCCUCCACACACCAUUUUCCGCGGUCGUCGGUGCCGCACAAGCUUCUGCGGCCACCGCGCCUCCUUGAUCCAACGAGGUUGCGUUGCACUGGCCUCGGAUCCGCCCGCCUCCACGCCGUCACCUGCCGGCCCCGGCCCCGGCCCGGAUCCCCCUCCAACCAAAUUCCUGCCAUGGACGAGUUCUGGUUCUCUGGAUUGGUCUUGAUAAAGCUUUCAUACAGGAUACAACUUAAGCUGGAGUUCGUCGCUAAGCAGAUACUAGGAAACGUAGCUAUCAAUUAUCUUGUAUACAAAAGGUUUGGGACUGGAUCUUCUAAUGAAAGCUGGAGCAGAAGAAGAAGUCCAGGAGGGAGAGAUGGAGAUGUGAGCAUGUAUACAUAUGUUCUGGAGACACUAGACUUAUCUGGUGGUGUGUGCGUGCUGUUGUAUCCUCUUCCGGCCACUCUAAUCUACACCCUCAGUACAAGCCGAUGCAACGUCAAGCAGAUCGACAGGGGUGCGGGGUUCAGUUCGACGAUGACGAGCCAGGCAACUAGCCUUUGCAUCAUGAACUGGCGCAGUUUGAUCUUGCCCGGUGUUGGCCCUGCACAAAUGGCGUCUUCAGCUCAGCACGCUACCUCCGUCGAUCAUCUUACAUGCCAAGCACCAAACCGACACCACGGCUUCUGCUGCUGGUGCUAGUGUGGAUGUUUAGCAAGUUUAACUACCAGUCUACGCCGAGUUCAGGUACAUUGUCGUGGACGGCCAAGUUCCGGGAUGCCUCUGUGCCUAAGCAGUGUAGUUUGCUUCCUUUAAAAUUCAGUUAGUUCACCUCGGCCAGCAACUCCCGCGCCAAAGCCGCCCUGAGGGCGUACAGGACGGCGACGUGUUCGAGGACUGCGACUGGUGGCAGAUACAACUAAAUUCAGGGUGUUCUUAUGCUCUUUUCUUUUUAAGUGCGUUCAAUAAAGUCAUCUUGAAAAUGCUAAAAGAGAGUUGUAGUCUUCUCCCUCAACAAAAGUUUGGAUUCUAAAGGCCAUUGACAAAAAAAGCACCGGACGCCUCCCUCCGAGAUCCGGCCGCCUUCCCCCUGAGGUCCCAUGGACGCACCGCCACCGCCCAACCCCUCCUUCCGCAAGGUAGCGCUCUGGGCCGCCCUCCUCGCCGCGGUGGCCCUGCUGGCCGUUGGCGGCGGAAGCUGGGUGGCGGGUGCUGGCAUGCUUCUUCUCCGGCGAGGACGCCGUGCUACACCGGUGCCGCCACACAUCUUCUGUUCUCGCUAGUAUAUUUCCUGUAGCAGUUCUUCAGUGCACACAAAAAAGACUAGCAUUUCAAUUACUAUCAAUUACUAAAUUCUUCAGUUCAGUUCAAUUACUGAAAUUAUUUCAGUUCAAUUCUUUUAAUAAGUUUCAUUUCGAAUAUAUUAUUUCUGUUCAAUUCAGUUUAAUUCGAUGUAAUGCAAAAAUUCUGAAACUGCUAGAUCCGUGUGAGUAUUUUGGGUUAGGGUAAUGCAUGUCUGACUAAUUGUUUUAUUGUUGUACUAAUGGCCGUUUGUGUGCAGUGCUAAUGGCAGUACAUUUUGGGUUAGGGUAAUGGAUGUCUGACCAAAGAAAUUAUUGUUGUACUAAUGUAAGUACUAAUGGCGGUUUGUGUGCAGUGCUAAUGGAAGUACGAUGGAUGAUAGACUACAUAAAUUAUUGUUGUGUGUGUGAUGGAUGAUACCACUUGCUUUUCAUAACAUAAAAGAUAUACAUCAAUUUUAGGAUUGACGAGGCCAUGUCCGCCUCGGCUUUCUGGGAUCUUGAACAAUGGAAUGACGAUACACACUGAAAUGGCAUACAGAAAUCUGAAUGCUCACACUUGCUACUUGCUAGAGUUGAUACUAGGCUUAUUUUCAUUAUGCCACUUGCUACUUGUAGUUGUCAUGGGUGCCCGUUGAAAUAAGUUGUUUUUGUUAACAUGAUAUUGGUCAAUUAAUUUUACAGACCUCUUAUUGGAAUUGGGGCUGCAACUAAAGUAGCAAACACGACUACGUGAGAAGGGUGAGAAUUAGUGGGAGCAGGGUAUGGAUGAGGAAGGAGCACCAGUAUCUUCAAUGUUGCUGUUGUUUCGUUUCCAUCCCUCUCACGUGUGAAGAAUUUUGUUGGAGCUGGAUGAGACUUUUGCCGUUCCCCUUGUACUCCUUCAUAUAAUCAGUUCAUGUUUUCAAACCAUGUAAGGUCAACCUUCUGGGAUACACGAAGUUUCAGUUCGUCGAGAGGCUUCCUGGAGCUUCAAAACAUUUCACUUCAACUUUUUAGGCUUUUUCAGUACAUCUUACAAAGUGUGUAAGCUCCCUGGAGUAGCGCCUUCGACGCUUGCCCUGCUUCAGCAGUCGUCAUCGUGAGGAUUAGCUACCGUCUAUUUGGCACGGGACCUACCUGCGAUGGUCCCAUCUAUUGUGAGUUCGUGUGUGUAUUGUGUUGCCCUCGAGCUGUAUGAGAGGCCGCCCGUGGAGCCGAGGAAGUCGUCGAUCUGGUCGAGG